AUGGAUACAACUCAGGAUCACUUUCAGGAUGCAGCCCUGCAAUAUCUAGUAAAUCCUCUACUGGAUGCCAGUCAAAUAUCAGAUGGUAUAGAUGGUUCAAGCCAUGGUCAAAGUUGCGAAAUCUACAAUUUCCUAGAUGAAACAAUCGUCCCUUCAACACCACCAAAAUCUCACCCAUAUCUGCUUGUCAACAUCGGCUCAGGAGUAUCCUUCUUUCAGGUCUCAGAAAACAACCAAUGUCAACGUAUCUCGGGCUCUUCAUUUGGAGGUUCAGCACUAUGCGGUCUGCUUCUCCUCCUCACCAGAGCGCGCACCUAUGAGGACAUGCUUGAGCAAGCAGAAAAGGGCAAUAAUGCAAACGUCGAUAAACUCAUCGGAGACAUUUACGGAAUGGAUUACAACAGAAUCGGCAUGAAAAUGACGGCUGUUGCUUCGACGUUUUGCAAGGCUUUUAGCCUGGAGCAUAGGCCCGAGGCUGAGGCGGAGGAACAGAGCGUUGAAGAUCCUGCGGACAUUAAAUCCUUUUCUGAUGCUGAUAUCUGUCAUUCUUUGGUUUUUGCCGUCUUUAACAAUAUUGGACAACUUGCCACGCUGCAUAGCCGCAUCCAUGGUAAUCCGGAUAUUUACUUUACCGGACCUUAUGUUCAAAACUGUCAGCUACUCAUCAGGACGCUGUGUAUUGCAGUCAGGUACUACUCUCAGGGCGAGAAGAAGGCGCAUGUGGUGGUAAAUCAAGGGCAAGCUGGCGAUUUGACCUUAUAG